AUGGCCCUAGAGGGUAUGGACUAUAAGCACACCAAGAACAAGCUUCCUGCGAAUCCCUUCGUUCGACGAGCCUUGUCUCAAGUGCUGGAAAUGUCUGAGCAUACUCCCGCUACUCCCACUACUCCCAUAACUGCCAAGACGUUCAAACGCAGUUACAAGAAGUCUACAAAAGGCUGUAAGAAUUGCAAGCUUCGCAAGAUUAAGUGUGAUGAGUUACGACCAAUUUGCGGAAACUGCAAAAAGAGAUAUGUGAACCCCGAUUGCUGCCAAUAUGACCAUCAGCCUAUCGGCAGGCCUGGCAAACCUCCUGUCAAGCAUGCAAAACCGUCGGCCCCUCCUGAGAUAGUGAAGCCUCCAUUACAGCAAACAAUAUUGUGGAAACCUCUUGGUAUCAGUGAUGCAGAAGAAAGACUGCUUGAACUUCGGCUUCUUCAUCAUUAUACCAAAACAACAUGCAACGCUCGAUCCCUGAGCUCCAUGGUCCCUGUACUAUGCCAUCCUAUGUGGGAAAUAGACAUACCGCAGAUCGCCUUCUCAUCUGAGAUUGUGCUCAACGCACUGUUGGCGCUAUCGUCAUUGCAUCUUCUAGCCCUAACUCCGAACGAUCCAAUUCUACCCCGCGCUUCAAGGUCGUAUCUCGACAAAGCUAUCACGAAGCACCAAGUGGCAAUUACUCAAGUCGACCAGCACAAUGUCGAGCCAUUACUGGUGGCAGCAGUUCUGAUAGCUCAUCACACUUGGUUGACGGCCCACAGCAAAGGCACUAAAGAGCGGUAUAAUAUUGAUCUACAAACUUACCACAUGUGUAACGGGAUCAAAGCUCUGGUUGAGAGAACGAAGCACUGGCUACCGAAAUACGAUUGGCCUAGAGCAGAUCACAAAAGGCCCCAGAUCGACGAUCUGGCUAAGAAAGGAUUUAUGCGCUGUGCCAUGCAAGAUCUCGAUUUGCUUUCAACUACAUUCCGCAAAAGCAACACGCCCUUUGAGGAUAAAGCGGCAUAUGAGGCCGCAGUAGAUGAGCUCAUUGCCAUCUAUUCGAUGAUUGCAACCGAAUCUGAUAUUUCAGAAAUAGAGCAGGAUAUAGUCACACUUUUGCACAGGCUUCCUCCACAAUUCCUCCCCCUCUUGGAAAGAGAAGAUCCAAUAGCUAUGGCUUUACUGGCACGGAAUCUAUCCAUGCUCAGCCUUCUUGAACGGUCUAGUGCAUGGUGGCUUCAUGGUGCUGGGGAGAACAAGGUAGCAAUAAAAGCUGUGCUGGGGAUUCGUGAAUUGAUGCCAUCUGACUGGUCGUGGACUAUGGAGUGGCCGCUGAAUGUCAUUGCGAAGAAGAUAAAACUGGAUUCUGAUUGGCCUGAAGAUGGUAUAUCCGAGCCAUUUGAAGGCGAAGUAAAGCCUGCCCUAAUAACUUUCCUUCCUCAAGCAACAACUUGA